AUGGAGGUAGUGGACGGUGUGCCUGUUUUCCGGCCUGCGUGGGAGGAGUUCAAGGACUUCAUGGGGUAUAUGGAGAAGAUACGUCCGCAUGGUAUGGCGAGUGGUAUUGUGAAGGUAAUUCCGCCCCGUGAAUGGCUUGACCGGGCUGGUCGGGAGCCCCGCGAAGACCUUUUGCGCGAAGUGCGGAUCAGGAACCCGAUACAGCAGCAUGUUAGUGGAUCGAAAGGUGUGUAUAUGAUUUCUAAUGUGGAGAAGAACAAGACUUAUAAUAUGAUACAGUGGAAGGAUCUGUCGUAUGACUUCCGCGUGCCGGACGAUCCUAGCAGUCUGAAGAACAAGUCUGAGGAGAGUAUACAGGACAAUGAGAGAUCACAGCAACGAAGACGGUCCUCGAGCGGUAUCAAGUUGAAGAACUGUGACUCAGCUACGGAAGAAGAUUUCCAAAACUUCAUGAAGGAGUAUAAUGCUGAGAAUAUCCGAGAUUUCGAUGACGAGGAGAGACUGAAGUUCCUAGAGAGUUACUACUGGAAGACUCUGAAUUUCACAACACCGUUGUACGGCGCAGAUAGUUCAGGGUCGAUAUUCCCAUCUGAUCUAGAAGAGUGGAAUGUUGCCAAGCUUCCGAAUGUGCUGUCACAUAUAGACCAAGACAUACCGGGUGUAAACCAGGCUUAUCUUUACGCAGGGCUGUGGAAGGCUUCGUUCACUUGGCACUUAGAAGACCAGGAUCUGUACUCUAUUAACUAUAUUCAUUUCGGAGCACCAAAACAAUGGUACUCCAUCCCACAAGAGGAUCACGAAAAAUUUUAUGAAUUUAUGAAGGAAAAGUUUCCAGAAGAAGCAUCAAAAUGCAAAGAGUUUCUUCGUCACAAGAUGUUCUUGGUCUCACCCAAGGUACUGAAAGAAAAUAAUAUUAAGUGUAACAAAGUUACGCAUUAUGAGCAUGAGUUUAUUAUCACAUACCCAUACGGAUACCAUGCUGGAUUUAAUUAUGGUUAUAACCUUGCAGAGUCUGUCAACUUUGCUCUGGAGGACUGGCUCGAAAUCGGUAAGAAGGCCGGUAAAUGUCGUUGUAUCAGCGACUCGGUAGAAGUAGACGUAGACAAAUUGGCUGAGAAUUGGUCAAAUUUCAAAAAGAAAAGAGAAAUCGAGGAUCCCGAGACAGAAGAUAGCCCUCAAAAAAAGAGAAAGAGCUCAACAGUAGAUUCUAAUGAAACCAUAUCAAAUGUUUCUGCUACUAAAGAGGAUGACGAAGUAAAAAAUGAAGAUAACGACGAUAACAGUAAGCUUAUAAAGGAUGUAAAGAAAGAAGUAACUGAUAGCAACGAAGAUGAUUUAAAUGCCUCUGUUGACGUACAAAGGCAAUCUAAUGAUAACACUUUUGGUGAUAACUCGAACCCCGCAACAAACAUAAAAAUGGAAAGUAAUAAAACUAAAAUUGAAGCCAAUGUCCCUGGUGUGGCUAAAAAAUUGAGAGGAUUUGACGAGCUGCUGAAUAGAUCACCACAAAACUCUCCUCGAAUGGAGACAUCUUUGAAGAAUGAUCCUUUUUUUGCGCGUGAUAGUCCUCUUAGGUCUAAUAGCCCCGGAACGAAUCUGUUUUUCAAUCAAUCGAUACAAAGAAUGUCUUCUCCAAUUUUAUCUAAAAUGAUAGAUCUGUCAAACAUUGUUGAGCCAACUUUAGAUGACCCAACUUUGAAAUUCAAAAGGAAGACUAACUUACCUUCCCAAUUGAUUGGAAACUCAAACAUUAGUUCUCCAUUACUACAAAACAUACAGGAUCAGCAAAAUCAGCAACAACAGCAGCAAAGAUCUCAAAACGGGACACCUUUAUCAAACUUGUCUUUUGGCCCGAUGAGGAGUGGUUUGGGGUCCAAUCCUGUACUGCUAGAUAAUAACGAUGACAAUAUGCUGGCUCUGAGUCUGACCUCAAUGGCUAAUAGCCGGCCAUCUUCUCCACGGCUACAUCAUAUUAAUAUUCCUAACGAAGCCAACUCGAAAAUGAAAAGUGGUUCUAAUGAUACAGUUAAUGCUGCAAGCAAUUUUGUCACCAGUGGAUCAAAUGUGCAACAAGGUAUGUCAGUAGUAUCGCCGAAACCUGUUCCAUAUUAUGGGAACCAGUUUGAGAGAACAUUUAACUCAAUGCCUUCUCCGAUUCCAAUGUCGCCUGGGGGGUCAAACAUGCCGUUUAUCAAGCGCUUAAAAUCUCCUAACAUCGUCACCCUCAAUAUUUCUAGGGAGGGAUCGAAGAGUCCUGUUUCUUUGCAAAACGAGGUCAGGUCUCCGCUGGGACUAAACACUACGUUAAGCUACCCGAUUCCUACUGAGAAACAAUUAAGUAACUUGAAUCCGGUGAACAACAGCAAUUACCAGGCGGCAUCUCCUGCCCUGAUGGAUGACAAGAAUAAUAUCAACCCUAACCAGAAUAUGAACUCGUUGCUUGACAUGGGGCUAUCCGCGUUCCAGAACUCACCUUCGAACGGAUUAAGGCAGAUUAGUAGCGAGACAUACGAAUCAUCACCGCUGAUGUCCUUGGCCGCAGCUGCAAAUAAGGACAUCGAACUAACGAACUCUAUGAUGCGGCCUUCGAGAUCGAAGACCAAGCUUCCAACCGACAAGGCUAGAUCUAAAUCCAAAUCCGUGGAAGCGCAAGGUCCAAAAUUUGAGAAGGGCGAAGUGAUCCUUUCUGACUCAGGCAAGAUAUACGUGUGUCAGGAAUGUAAGAGACAAUUCUCCUCGGGUCACCACCUCACCAGACACAAGAAAUCCGUACACUCUGGGGAGAAGCCGCACUCGUGCCCAAAGUGUGGCAAACGGUUCAAGAGAAGGGACCAUGUGUUGCAACACUUGAACAAGAAGAUCCCUUGUAUCCCAGGUGUUGGAUCAUCAGCUGGCACUGACAUGGUCCAAGUCAUGAAAGAUGACGACAGAAUUAUGGAGUGA